UCUGGCCUCAGAUCCUCGUCGUAAUUGUAAUCUUCUCGCAUUUCUGCAAACCUGAUACUUGGCGGAAAAUAAACACAUUUUUUCAACUCGUUUGACUGUUUUGAAUCGUUCAUCAUCACUCUCUCCCUCGUCGAUUUCUUAAACAUGCCUCAACUCUUCGAGCCUAAAGCUGGUCAAGAGACGAGGUUCAAGUUUGAUGAUACUCCAACGUAUCUCUUCCGUCUUCAUGUUCCGCAUUCCGCCGGCUCCACAGACACUACCUAUGUUAAAUCUCCAGCUUUCCCAGAUGAUAUGGACAGGAAACAUGAACUGGGAUCCGCUUGCGGUACAGAUCUUCUAAAGCUCCCGCCUGCAGAGGCUGCCGCUCGACUGAGAGCCCAUCUCAAAUGGGAAUGCCAAAAACUUGAAGGCAGCCCGUGCAAUCUUAUGUCUUGGUCAAGCUCUCUUCUUUUCCUCCUCCAGUACGGCUUAUACCGCCACACAACGGAUCGUGAUUCAAGGCCAAAGCUGCCAGAGAUCAGUCUAAUCAUGAUCGGUACUCGAGACUUCCCGAAGCAGACUUUUCUUCGCGAUCUAGACGCUCUGUAUUGCUACUAUGCGUAUGAUUGUGGUCUGGGAAAAGUGAUGGGCUGGCGAAGGGAUGAUCUUUAUUUUGGAGAAUACCUCAGUCAAGGCCGUCUCGGUGUUGAAGGGAAGUGCAUCCAGAUGACAAUGCAACAGCUUAUUGAUGGGGGACUUUUUACGGUGAUAUGCCCUGCAUUAAACAAGCCCAAUAAUAAUUGGGCAUCCUGGGCCCGGACUGUUUGCAACCUUCGGAUCGGUAUUAGGAAAAGCCAAGUCGUCGAUAAAAGACAGAUCCGAACUGCUAUAUCCUUAGCUCAGGUGUAUGGAGGGGACAAGUUUGUUAUUCCUCUAGCGCUGAUGCUGCUGGGAUUGCGUAGCCAACAUUCUGAUAAUGCACGUAUUUUAGAGGCAUUCCGUGGCAUGUUUACUGGUAAGUCCGUUACUCAUUGUUCAAGUCUCAACUAAUAUGUUCACACAGAUGAGGAACUCAGCUUGGGAGA